AUGGCCUUUCGCACGGCUGCGGAAAUCAUUCAAAUAAUCAUAUCGUGUCUUAUCUGUGGAUCAGUUGAACACAAAGCGACUAAACUAUGUCAAGCCCUGCAGUCUAUUAACACCCGGGCCCUCACGGAUGCUGAGUAUCGCGAGUGGCGUACGUUUACAACUGUUGUCCAACAGUCUGGCCGUUCGUUUGGCUUUACGAUCGGCGGAUUCGCGCCGUUUAAUAAACGCACUUUAAUCGCGAUAUUUACAUUCAUGCUAAAUUAUUCGUUUACUUAA